AUGUCUUUCUCUGCACUUCUGCGGGUUCUUGGGGACUCCCGAUGCAUUCCUAGAGGUAGAGUUGUCCAUGGGAAAAUUAUCACAUCUGGGUUCUGUCCAGAUGUGUAUACAAACAACCAUUUACUCUCUAUGUACACUAAAUUCAAACGUAUGGUUGACGCGCGCAACUUGUUUGAGAUAAUGCCUGAAAGGAAUUUCGUUUCCUGGACUGCUUUGAUCUCUGGGUAUUCUCAGAUGGGUAUGGCCGAAGAAGCUCUGGAGUGCUUCAGAUUGAUGGUUAAUGAUGGUUUUAGUCCUAAUGAUUAUACGUAUGUUGGUGCUAUUUCUGCUUGUGCUCGCACUGGCAAUGCAAGAUAUGGUAAGGCAAUUCAUGGAAGGAUUUAUAGGAUGGAGAAAGAGUUGGGCAGCCUUGUUAAUAACAGCUUGGUUAAUAUGUAUGGGAAAUGUGGUUUAUUGAGCUCGGCUGGACUAGUAUUUGAUGCAAAUUUGGAGCCUGAUUCAGUCUCUUGGACUUCACUUCUUUCCUGUUAUUGUCAUUGUGGGAAAACUGAGGAAGCUCUAAAGAUUUUCUUGCGGUCACUGAAAGCUGGAGUGGCCGUUAAUGAGUUUUCUUGUGCAACUGUGUUGUCUGCUUGUGCUGCACUUGAAAAUUUGUUGGUUGGGAUGCAAACACAUCCUCUCAUCAUCAAGUGUGGACUUGCACUAGACAAGUUCGUUCGUACUGGGCUGGUCGACUUUUAUGCAAAAUGUGGAGAAUUGGAGUUAGCUCAUCAGGCAUUUUUGGAGGUAGACCAGCCAGAAUUGCCGAUAUGGACUGCAUUAGUAGGAGGGUUUGUUCAACAAGGAAAGGGAAGAGAUGCCAUCGAUCUAUUCCACAGGUUGUAUUAUUCAGGUCUCAAACCUAAUGAAAGGACAUUCUCAUCAGUGCUCGGAGCAUUUGCUGAUGAAAAGGAUAUAGCCGUUGGAAAAAGACUUCAUUCUUUAAUCAUUAAAAUGGGAUUUAGUUCUUUUAUAUUUGUUGUAAAUGCAAUUCUGGAUUUUUACUCAAAAUGUGGGCUUCUUGAAGACACCCUAGAAAUAUUUAAGCAAAUGGAUGAACAUAACGUCAUCUCAUGGAAUUCUCUGAUUUCUGGGUUUGUAAGUUCAGGUCAAUAUGGAGAAGCCAUUGAUCUUCUGAAGGAUAUGUUAUGUAAAGGGUUUGAUCCCAAUCUUUUCACUUAUUCCAUAAUUUUGAGUAUUUGCAGUAAUGUCCCAGCCAUUGGGUGGGGUAAGGAGGUUCACUGCCGCAUCAUAAAACCUGGUUUUGGUUCCAAUUUCGUUGUUGGGGCCUCUCUUGUUGAUAUGUAUGCUAAAUGUGGAAAACUGGGUGAAGCUAAAAAGGUUUUUGAUGAUCUAACUUCAAAGAACUUGGUUUGUUGGAACACUAUACUUGUGGGAUAUGCUCAACAUGGUUUUGGAAAAGAAGCUUUAGAGAUCUAUAGCAUAAUGCAGAGAAAUGGGCUUAAACCUAAUGAUGUUACAUUACUUGGUGUAUUGUCUGCCUGUGGACAUGUGGGACUUGUAGAGGAGGGAUGGAGCUACUUUAAUUCCAUGACCAAAGAGCAUGGUAUUACCCCUAAGACAGAGCAUGUAGCUUCAAUGGUCAGCCUUUUUGCUCGUAAAGGACAAACCAACAGAGCUUAUGAGUUUAUAAGGAGUUCAACUAUAAAGCCUGAUAAGGUAGUUUGGCGAUGUCUGUUGUCAGGGUGCCAAGCGCACAAGGAUAUAGCUUUGGCAAGAUAUGCUGCUGGAAAAAUUCUGAGCAUUGACCCAGAAGAUAUUUCUGCUCAUAUCAUAUUGUCCAAUAUAUAUGCAGGGGCCAAAAUGUGGAAUGAACUAGCACAGAUUAGGAAAAUAACAAAGGAGAAGGCAUUGAAGAAAGACACGGGAUGUAGCUGGACUGAAUUAAAGAACAAGAUACAUUACUUUUCUGCAAGCCAUUACAAUCAAUUUGAACAAAAUAAUUUAUACAAGAUUUUAGAUAGGUUGACAUCCCAUUUGUUUGAUGCAGGAUAUAUUCCUAAUUUUAUUUUCUUGCUCGACUCUGAGGAACAAGCGAGCAAGGGAUGUUAG